AUGAACCAGCUCGAGCAAGUAGAGCAGGCGGUUCCAGGGCCUUCGUCUCAUCCGUCUCCGCCUACACCGCCAGCACCACAGAUAAGAGCUGGUGCCAAAAGAGCGAAUAGUGUUUCAUUAGAGGACAAAGAGAAAUUCCGGUCCCGGAUCAACAGCCUAUUCAAAGGAAGUUACCAAGAGGGCGACGAGUAUUUCAAGAAAAGCCGUUCGAACUCAUUGUAUAGACCGAUGAGACCGGCCGACCUUGGAUCUGUGUUUGAGCCGGACUCUCUCUAUUUUGUCAAUCAUCGCUCGCUCAAAACCGCAAAGGCCUGUACUCUUGUCAGCACAGACGAACUCUGCCAAUUCUUAGUCAGACAUUAUACAGCCGAACUUCCAGAGACAGAAAGAAUGUUCCCAUGGCUACAUGGAAUGCACAAGAACAACACAGUUCAGCUUAGAUUUCUCUCGAGUCUAGCGAAUCAGCUUGACUCUGAUCUACAGAUAGGGGUCCCUUCUAACGUUCGAAGCCUCAUGCUGGUGCGCUCUGCGAGUGCCGGUUCUGAAGGUAAUCACUGUGAUGAUAUAAUCGCCGAAACAACAGGACAAAUCAAAGGAACCGUCUCGCCGCAUGACAUACUGGUUUCAGUGUUCAGUGUUCGCAACGUGGAAUUAUAUCUGCUUUCCAUCCUCCCGGAAGACAUUCUCACUUCAUUUCCGAUAGAUAUACUGGUGAAAGAUUGUGUAAGCACCCAACUUCUGCCACUGUUCAAGGAUUUGGAUCCACAGGUCGGCGUUUCCCUCCGAAACUUCCAUAUUCAGGUUUCCAAAAUGAGCAAUAUAUCAGAUUUAAUUGUCUACUGCUUCAAUGAUGAUCACGAGCGCUCCGUUCGUCUGCCCAAGAAAGAAGACAGUUGGAAUGGCAAAUGCAAGUGCGCGUCCCUGGCCAGACUACUGCAUAUUGCCCAGCUAAUGUAUACGACAGAUCACCCAGAACUGGCUCAACAAGAUCAGAAGAAGCUAUACAACACUUUCGUUCUCGAUGACGUCAAACUUAAUGUGCUGGAAGCUUCGAAUCUUCUUUCGAUACCCUUGUUAAACGCUGAUGCAUCUUCGAAAGCAACGGGCGAUCUUUGCUCUGACUAUGAUAUUAAGGUGUUCAACAAUUGGGAUUCGAAUUACCUUUACCGUGAAAAGCUUGAAAUCUCAAAGAUGUCUUCAGCAACGGAGGUAAUUGACAAUGUCUGGUUUGGAAACACAACCGAUUUCGAAUGUCUCCAUAUACAACUGAACUCGGGUAUAAAGCCGAUCUCCGCUGAUCUGAAAUCGCCGAACUUCCCAUUACAUUGCGAUCCUACGAAUACUGUCGUCAUCCUGAAGAAAGAGGACCUUGCACAAAGGCCAAUCAAGGAGGUGGAUGCCAAGCUGAUAACAUUUCCAAGAGCGCAUUGGAAGUUGUUUGUGCAUUGCAUUGAUGGCGCAAGGUUCCCAACUCCAAUCGAACUGCGAACCAUUGUUUCUAGCAUUGGCUAUUUGCAACAGAUUUACCUUGAGUUUCCUCCAUCAGGUUCUGUGGAGAUCGCUGAUUUAUCGGAGGAAGAUGUUCUAUGCAUAGUCAACGUGUGCAAAUUGCUUUGCUUUCAAUGCACAAAAGAAUUUCCAGGUCUUCUAUACUGCUCUGACGGCUACACGGAGACCUCGUUACUCGGACUUUGCUUCAUCAUGUACUCUCAAAAAAUUGGAAUUGAUGAGGCGAUAAUUCGUCUACACAUGCAGUAUGGUCGGCCUUUCUUUAUAUUCAAGUCUGAUUAUCUGCUGCUACAAAAGUUGGAACCAAUGAUACUGAAGUUUGCGCAGCUCAAGGGUGAUAAACUAACUCUUGAGGAUGAUAAAAGCAUCGUGAAAUCAUUCUUGUUAGCCCCUAAACAUGUCAGGCACAAAUCGACGCUAGGCAUGUCUUUCAACUCUGUGCUGAACACAGCGACAGGUCAGCACAUUAUCCAUCUCCGCGAGCAACAAAAAGGACGCGCUAAAGAUCACGAUUCCGACUCGGACUCUACGUCUAGCUUAUCUUCCGCUGGAACCGAUACAGAAGUGGCGGGGGUGUGUGAGUCGGUGGCAGGGUCUAUACCUUCACGGGUGCUUCCCCAUCUUUAUUUGGGCUCCCUGAGCCAUGCGUCCAGCCUUCGAUUGUUAAAAGAGCUGGGUAUCAAUUAUGUUGUGAGCGUGGGAGAGCAUGUGCCUUGGCUUGAUGAUUUAGAGUACGCUACUGGCACGACUGAGAGCGGUUGUGAGAUUUUCAAGAUAUGUUCGGACCAAAAAGUUGAAGGAAGCGAUUGUGGUGUUGAAGAAGUGAUGCGGAUCAAUAACAUCAACGACGAUGGCAUUGGGACUCUGACAACCACCAUCAAUGAUGCUCUUGAAUUCAUUGACAAGUGCUAUGAGAGUAAUGGAAAGGUCCUCGUUCAUUGUCAGGUUGGCGUCUCUCGCUCGGCCACUGUUUGCAUUGCAGAGGUCAUGAAGAGACUGAAUGUGAGUCUUCCACGGGCAUACCUUUACGUGCGUGUGCGCAGACUUAACGUGAUAAUACAGCCCAAUUUGAAGCUGAUGUACGAGCUGUUCAAAUGGGAGGAGCUGUUUAUGCGGUCAAAGCUGAAGAAACGCCAAUACAGCGUUUCUUCUCAAUCAUCGAACGGCCAGUCUAACAACUCGACGUUCUCCACGAAUAACAGCGACAGAUCGUCGUUUUCGAAUAGCGUGGGGUCGGUGAGUUCCACCUUCAUUUCAUCUUCUGCGCGAGACAGGCCUAGGUUCUCCCUAGCUGGCUACGAAAGAGCCAUAUCCGAAGAGGCUGACGAGUUUGACAUCCGACACCUAGACCUUGGGCCAGAGGAGGUUAUAAGUAACACUCCUGGCUUCAUACGUGAGGUGGACUGGUACAUUCUUUGCAGAGAGAUCUUUAAUCUGAACCGGGCUUACAUCAAGCCUAGCAAAUAG